AUGAAUAAAAAAGUUAUCCCACUCAUUGUUUUGCUCAAGAUGGAAAGCAUCGGCCGGCGGGCCCGAUUGUCAAUGGCAGUUGCGAAGAUGGGCGUCCAUCAAGGCUCGACCUUGGAACAACCCCAGUUCAAGAGCACGCUCCUUGAUUUCAACGAUGAUGUCCAUACGAUGAUUGUAUCCCACAUUACGCCCGAGGAUGCUCUCAAGUUGUCUCUCGUUGCACGGCGAGUCCAUCUCGUUGCCCAACGUCAAGCCCUCUCCUACGUAAUCAUGAGUUCCAUGCAGUCCGUCUCGCGCAUCUGCACCUAUAUGCUCGCCGACAUUUCCGGGCGACUCAAAUGGGUUCGCGGGCUGUGCAUGUAUGCUGCGCUGCCAUACAAAGGAUCAAACCCUGAUGCAAAUUACCCACAAAUGGUGGAUAAAGCUGCUGCAGCUAUGCGCCUUUUUGUCUCCCUAUACCAACACACAACUACGCUCAGAUAUCUCUACUUUGCUGUCAUAGAGAAGCUUCUCUCUUUCCAACCUCUGCUUCUCGAUGUGCUGUCCUCCCUCAUAAACAUCGUUGAGAUACAGGUGGUACGUUGUGGCGGGUCUGAGACACCUAAGCUCCUCAAUGGCAUGCGGAGUCGCCCACGCCACCUGGUCCUGAACAUCGACCCUGUCCGGCCACUCCCCUUGGAAACCGGGGCAUCAAUGUCCAGCAUUGCACGUUUGCGCGACCUGCGCACAAUGGAAAUCGUCGGGCUAAAAGAUCAGAACGCAAAUCGCCCUGCGCUCCUUAUGCGUAAUCUGCGUCAUUCUUUGCCGAAUGUCAUCGAUCUCACUCUGUCGGCUUGCCAGAUGGACAUUCCUGCAGUCCUUCCCUUGAAAUCGCUCUGUGAUACAUUCUGGAGGUGCUUGAGGAUGGAGGCGACGAACUUGCGGUGUCUCGAGAUUGACCUCUGUCUCUAUAGAGAGACAAAAGACCUAGGCGCUCAAUUUCUACGAUGGAUGACCACUGUUCCGUCCACCCUUUCGCCCAUUAUGUCUUUGUCGUAUCUCGCAGUCUGCAUAGAUGCCCACAUGUCGAGCCGCAGGAGGUGCAUAAUGGGAGCACCCAUGACGCCCAUAGACCUCGACGAAAGCGAAGAUUUCAAGCAGUUCGGUGUGGAUGUGGAGGAUCGACAACAUCGAUGGAGCAUGUGUGCUACAUCUCAUUCCGCCGCACCUCGCGCAGCAGGUCACAGACUGCCUGACAUCGCCCGAUUACGAUUCCUCGCUGGAAACCGAAGGUCAGUGAUUGUCACGAGUUGGUAUGGCUACGCGCACCUCCCUGUCCUCCCCCCAUCCAUUGUGGCUGCCUGCCAAGGCCAAGUUCACGCAUUCGACUCUCAGGACCUCGUCGAUGUCUACAUCCCAGACGGUCCUGACACCCUCAUCCUCACCUGCGAGCAGCAGCCGUGCCCAAAUCGGACACCCCGAUUGAUUGAGCAGGAUUACCCGCGCUACAAGGCAAUCAGACGGGCCCAACAUCCGUCCGGUCCCCGUAGCACCCUCGCAUCUCGAUCCGCCUUGCGGCACUCUCGCCCUGUCUCCCCCAGCUCCCGCCUUCCUCAAACUGUCGCCGGUCCAAGUCAAGCGCAAGGAGAUCUCCCUCCAGACCCUGCACCAGAGCCUGAGCCUGAGGAGAGUGCGAGUGAAGAAGGAGUCUCGGAGUCCGAGUCCGCGGAUCCUGCUCGGCCCACCUCACCGACAGCGCUCGCCUCCACGUCAGCAGUCCCUGACUCACAACAGUUGCCUUCGUCCGCAGGCAGUCCUUCGUCCCCUGCGUCGCCGAUAAUGUCUUCUCCUGCCGCCGCCCCUGACAAGGAAACGUUGAAGCUCCUCCUCCCCCUUCGAUACGAUGGAAAAACAGUUGUCAAGUGCAACCGCUUCGUCUCCCAGUUGCUCAUCUACUGGGCGGUUAACACGACCCUCUCUGUCGCGACUUAG